AUGGCGCACCUCCUGGGCCACCCCGGCUGCAUGGAGAGCCUGCGGGCCGACCUGAGGGACCUGCAGGCAGCCAUCGCCGAUGUCUCCUCCCGGGUCGGGGCCGUGCGUUUCCCCUCUUGGAAGUUCCCUGAUAAAGUGUCCUGCGACCUGGACCUGGCGGCGCUGCUGGAGCGGUACAGCUACACCGAGAACGACCCCGAAUUCACCCAGCACUCCCACGUGGUGCUGCUGGAGCUGGUGAUAGACAGGUGA